GCCGGUCUACGGAAAUUCUUUGCUGUUAGCUAUAUGAUUAACGUAAAACUUUGUAAACAAAAUAACAAAAACAAAAAAAGAAGAAAAAAAAUUGGCGCCAUUGCUAUGUGGUUCCCUUUGCCAAACACGGUCUAGCCAAUGUUUUUUGAAGAACCGCAACCGUUGGGUUUUGGAGCUUUAAUGUUAACGGAAACGAGUCGACUAGCUAGCUAACGUUACCGCGGCAAAGAAACCAGAGUGACAAGUUAACGUUACUAUUUUCUUGUCUACCGUGUGGUGUAACGUUAGCGUUCAUGAUAUUAUUAAAUUGUGAAUGGUGAUUGAUGAGAUACCUGUGUGCCUAAAGACUGCGGUAUACGGUCAUUGUCAGCACCUGUGAUUAACAUUUACGGCUUGAAGCUCCUCUAGCCGCAGCAGCCAACAUUCAUUGUAUGAAUGCAGUGGGUUCUUUACACGUAAAGCCAACGACAACCGGAGAAACUACGGUGAUCCAUAUACCAUUUUGUGUGGGAAAAGAAAGAAAGAAGGAUGACACUUUGGAAAAGGGAUUUCUGGAUGGAGCAUCCAAUUGUGGAAUAAUGCCACUGAAAGCACACAGCUGUCAUCCUGUAUGAUCCUGAGCAGUGUUAAAACGACGGCUCAAUCCCUAGACGCCCGGAUGAGAGCAGCAGGCGACAUUAAGGGCAACAUGGUCGCAUGAACCGAGGACAAGCAUUCCGGGGGGGACGACAGCCACUGCUGGAAUCUGUGACAUUUUCGACGCAACCCACGGAGAACGGUUUCGGGAAAAUACAGGCAUAGAUAGAGGCGUGGAGGCGGAGAGAAACAGCACAUUUCCCCCUUGUGGUGUCCUAUUUCGUUGGUGAAGGAUCUCGCAGACAGACGGUCUCACACUAAGCUAUGGAAUGCUUCCUGCACCCACCAUCACUAGUCUCCAAUCUUUGGACUGAGCUCCAAACGCUUAGUUAGCGGCUGUGUUUCUCCCCUCAAACUCUUUAUAAUCAGGGGACGAAGAAAGGAGUGGACUUAACUUAAGUCCUUUGCUAAAAGCGCACAUAGCAGCACUUCUUUUAUUUUUUAAAGAAUAUUUAAGCUAUUUUUGUUUGUCGCCACUUGGAUUUUUUUCUCUGUGAAAACAUAUCAAGAUGGAUCUGUCGCCGUAUCUGUGGAUGGUGAUCCUUGGCUUCAUCAUUGCCUUCAUACUGGCCUUUUCAGUGGGCGCCAAUGAUGUGGCCAAUUCUUUCGGCACAGCGGUGGGGUCCGGCGUGGUCACAUUGAAACAGGCCUGCAUCCUUGCAUCUAUCUUUGAGACACUGGGCUCAAUGCUGCUCGGGGCCAAAGUGGGUGAGACGAUUCGAAAGGGCAUCAUAGAUGUCAACCUGUACAACGAAACGGUGCCCGUACUCAUGGCAGGGGAGGUCAGCGCCAUGGUCGGUUCAGCAGUCUGGCAGCUAAUCGCUUCCUUCCUCAAACUGCCCAUCUCUGGAACUCACUGCAUUGUUGGCGCCACCAUCGGCUUCUCCAUGGUGGCCAUCGGCACCAAGGGCGUACAGUGGAUGGAGCUUGUCAAGAUUGUGUCAUCGUGGUUUAUCUCCCCCUUGCUUUCUGGACUCAUGUCUGGAUUUCUCUUCUUGCUCAUCAGACACUUCAUCCUCAGAAAGGAUGACUCUGUCCCCAACGGCCUGCGAGCGCUGCCCCUCUUCUAUGCCACCACUAUUGGGAUCAACACAUUCUCCAUCUUGUACACUGGAGCCCCAUUGCUUGGGUUAGAGAUGCUACCAGUGUGGGCCAUCUUUCUCAUCACUUUAGCUGAGUCGCUGAUCUGUGCAGCCCUGGUCUGGUUUAUCGUAUGUCCCUGGAUGAGGAGGAAAAUAGCAAGUCGUCUGAAGAAGGAGCAGGCGCUGUCCAGGAUCUCUGAUGAGAGUCUGGACAAGAUACCUGAAGAAGAGGAGGAGAGCCCCGUCUUUAAGGAGCUACCAGGAGCUAAGGGCACAGAUGAGGCUGUGUUGCCGCUCACCGGGGGCAACAGUGAACGGAGUACCCGCGACUCCAGUGGAGAACUCACCAACAUGGCUAAUGGAGGCAAUGUCCUGCCAAAUGGCAGGGCGUACGGCCGGACCCACUCGAUGACCAACGGCUGCCUGAAGUCACCCAUCUCUAACGGCAGCUUCAGCUUCGAUGGCCACAUGCGCAGCGAUGGCCAGGUGUACCACACAGUGCACAAGGACUCAGGUUUGUAUAAAGACCUGCUUCACAAAAUCCACCUGGGCCGCAUGGAUGACACCGAUCGCUCCGGCUCCAACGCCGGCCCGGCAGACAACAACUACCGCCUGCUGCGGCGCAACAACAGCUACACCUGCUACACAGCAGCUAUAUGUGGCAUGCCCGUCCAGCCGCUCAUUCGCACAGAGUCACGCGAUGACAGUGAAAAGCUGGUCGGAGAGGGAGGCGGCAGGAGCAACAGCGUGUCCUACUCCAAGAAGAGGGUACGCUACGAUAGCUACUCAUCGUACUGUAACGCCGUGGCGGAGGCUGAGAUUGAAGCAGAGGAGGGUGGGGUGGAGAUGAAGCUGGCCACAGAGCUGGAGGGGGUGGACGAAGAAGGGGCUCCCGCUCCAGUGCCUCUGGACGACUUGGCUGAGGAGGAGCACGAGGAGAAGGAUAAGCCUGAGGUGUUCCUACUUUUCCACUUCCUGCAGAUCCUCACCGCCUGCUUUGGCUCCUUCGCCCAUGGAGGCAACGAUGUCAGUAAUGCCAUUGGGCCCCUGGUGGCGCUGUGGAUGAUCUACGAACAGGGUGGGGUGAUGCAGGAUGCUGCCACUCCCAUCUGGCUGCUGUUAUACGGUGGUGUAGGCAUCUGCGCCGGCCUGUGGGUGUGGGGCCGCCGCGUCAUUCAGACCAUGGGGAAAGAUCUGACUCCCAUCACCCCCUCAAGUGGAUUCACUAUUGAACUGGCUUCUGCACUCACAGUCGUGUUAGCUUCCAAUAUCGGAAUCCCUGUCAGUACCACGCACUGCAAGGUGGGCUCAGUUGUGGCCGUGGGUUGGAUCCGCUCCCAGAAAGCAGUGGACUGGCACCUCUUCAGGAACAUCUUCCUGGCGUGGUUCGUCACGGUGCCCGUGGCCGGCCUGUUCAGCGCUGCCGUCAUGGCCCUAUUCGUCUACGGCAUCCUGCCCUACGUCUGAGGAGGCACGGCUGGGAGGGAGAACAGAGGAGGAAGAGUGAGUCAGUGAAAGAGAGAGCGAGGGAAACUCUGGUAGAAAUCAUAGCUCGAGUGUCAGGGGUACAGAUAAUGGAGAAGGAAAUGAGAGAGCAAGGGUGACGGGGAAGAGAAGGAAGAGGAAGCUGCAGAGGUUAACCGAUGGACUUGGUUGUACUGUGGAUGUGUGAGGAGGGUUGGUUCAUAUGCUGCCUGGCUCCGUAGUCCAGUAAUCUUUUUUUUUUUUUUUUUUUUUUUUUUGUCUCAUUUGAGUUUCUGAUAGGAUUUUAUUUAUUCUCUUUUUUUGGGUGCAUAAGAAACGUGUUCACCAUACCAUUCAAUCUGCUGUACAUAUGACAAUAAUAGGGAGAUUUCCAGUACCUCUUAACAAGAAGUAUGGUUGGAGAAACGGUGGCAGUCAUUUUCUGUCUCUUAUUUUUUAUUCUUUUUAUCUUUUAAAAAAAAAAAAAAAAGGCAGCACACGACUGAAAAUAAUCAGUUAAUUCUGCACACCUAAACUACAGUAAAACUAGAUUGUUCUGCCUGCAAUCCCAGGUAGCAUAGUUUGUCAAGUGCUCAUUAUUAUUGUUCCAAAAUGCCAGAAAAAAACCCCUGUACAUAUUGUUGUAUUGGAUUGAGUGUGAUUUGUUGUUUUGCGGGCUUGCUUUAAAGUAAAAAAAAAAA